AUGGCAGCCAUGGCAACCGUUUCUUUACUUGCCGUAUCAGAACCUUCAUCAGUUGGCCAACUACCUAACGACCAUUCCAACCGUCAUCAUGUAAACCCCAUUUUUCGUAACUGUAAGCAGAAAGCUUCAUUUCUCCAAUCGUUGUGUUCCCGGGGACAAGUAGAGGAGACUUCACAACUACUACUUGAACUAGACGGCAAUGGAUUUUCUCGGUGCCUGCCCAGCACCUUCGCCCAUAACAACCUUCUGAAGUCUUUCAUUAAACAAGGAAGAUUGGAUGAUGCACGGAUAUUGUUCGAUGAAAUGCCAUUCAGAAAUGAGUUCUCUUGGUCUACCAUCAUUUCUGCUUAUUCCUGGUGUGGGAAUUCUUUGGAAGCAUUUCAUUUGUUUGAGGAAAUGUUGGAAGAAGGAUUUAGACCCAAUGACUUCGCCUUGGGAUGUCUCCUCAAAGCCAGUUCUUUUCUAAGGGAGGUUUCAACCGCUAGACAGCUCCAUGGGUGGUUAACACGGGUGGGUCUCGGCCAAGAUGCCGAGCUGCGUGCUUCUCUCAUAACCAUGUAUUCCAAUUAUGGGCUCUUGGAUGAUGCACGACAGGUUUUUGAUGAGGUUCCUAUAUCUUCUUUAGAUGAUGCUCUGUCUUGGAAUUCAAUAAUAGCUGCCUAUAUCUUAAAUGGAUGCUUGGUUGAAGCCUUUCAACUGUUUGGUGCUAUGCUUUCUACUGGACUGUCAACCCCAACUGAGCAAACUUUUGCUAGCAUUAUCAAUGCUUGUGGUUCUGUGGGAGCUGAAAGAUAUGGAAUGGUAACUCAUGGAAGGAUCAUCAAAACUGGUCUAAUUCAUGCAACAAUGGUUGGAAAUUCUCUCAUUACAUUUUACAGUCGGUGUGAGAAGUUGGAAGAUGCGAACCGGUCAUUCAAAUUGAUAUCUGAGAAGGAUGUUGUAUCAUGGAAUGCAAUCAUUGCAGGGAACGAACAGAACGGAGAAGGUAAGGCUGCCAUAGAUGUUUUUCAUUGUAUGCUAAGAUAUGGAGCAUUGGUGCAACCUAACCGCAUCACUUUUCUAAGUGUGAUCAGAGCUAUUUCUGGAGUUUCAGCUUUAAAAUAUGGGCGAGAGAUUCAUGGUCGUAUGAUCAGAUCAGGACUUGAACUAGAAAUAAGCAUAGCGAAUUCCUUAAUCACCAUGUACUCCAAGUGCAGGGAAAUGGACAAAGCAAGGGUUGUUUUCGACAGGGCACCCUUCAAGGAUGUGGUCACAUGGAAUUCCAUGCUCACAGUCUAUGAGCAGUAUGAGCAAUGGGAGAACUGCUUCAAACUCUUUAAAGAAAUGCAGCUAUCUCGGAUUAAGCCAGACGAUCAUACUUUUACUGUUAUUCUUACUGCUGCCUCAUCCAACGCAUCCGGGUCUAAGUAUCUCAGAGGUGGAAAGGAGAUUCAUGGUUACAUAUUAAGGAGGACUUCUUCUGUUAGAAUGGCCACCUCAACGUGCAAUGCCAUACUCACAAUGUAUACAAAGUUGAACCGAAUGGCAGAUACCGAGAAGAUUUUUGAUGGUAUGGGCAUUAGGGAUUCUUACUCUUGGAAUGCGAUGAUGGAUGGAUAUUCCAUGAACGGGCGGCCUAGCGAUGCUAUUAUGAUAUUUUUGGAUAUGCAUGAGCAGUUCUUGCCUGUAGAUAAUUUCACAUUUUCAGUAGUUCUCACUGCCUGUGGUCGAUUAGUUUCCCUGCAACUAGGAAAGCAAUUUCAUGCUAUUAUCAUAAAAUACAGCCACCUGAAAAGCUUUACCGGUAAGACAUGUGUAUUGUCAAUCAAUAAUGCCUUGAUAUCCAUGUAUUCGAAGUGUGGAAGCAUAGAAGAUGCGACCAAAGUAUUCGAAAAAAUGGCAAGCAAAGAUGUCUUCUCCUGGACAGCCAUGAUCACAGGGUACGCACAUCAUGGCAUGGCCUUUGAAUCUCUCCAACUCUUCAAGAGGAUGGAAGAAAACAAUGUCAAGCCUAAUUCCAUAACUUUCCUUGGACUGCUAACAGCUUGUGCUCAUGCAGGUCUAGUUGAUGAAGGUACACACUACUUCAGUUCCAUGAGGACGGAUCACAGUUUAAAGCCAAGAAUUGAGCAUUAUGCUUGCAUGGUUGAUCUGUUUAGUCGUUUAGGUGACUUUGAAAGUGCGGAGAAGUUGGUUGAGGCAGGAACUGCCCUCCUUGAUCCCAACCAUGGUGAUUCCUUGAGCCUGUGGAGAGUGUUACUUGGGGGAUGCCAUGCUCAUAAGCAACUUCAGCUUGGUGUGCAUGCUGCAACUAGGAUUCUUGAGGCAGAGCCUGAUGAUGAGACUACCCAUAUUCUUCUGUCAAAUCUUUAUGCUACCUCGGGUAUGUGGGAGGAUGCAACAAGGGUGAGGAAAUUGAUGAGAGAAAAGGGGUUGAAAAAGGAAACUGGUUAUAGUUGGAUAGAAGCAGAAAACAAGAGACACAUCUUGGUAGCUGGAGAUAUAUCUCACCCACUGAGGAAGGAGAUCUAUGAGAAGAUGGAGGAGUUGGACAGCAGCUGUAGGGCAAUUGGCUAUGUCCCAAGGACUGCAGAUGUGCGUCACGAUGUUGCAGAGUUGCAGAAGGAAAUAAUUGUAAGUUUUCACAGUGAGAAGCUGGCUGUAUCGUUAGGUCUAUUACAGAGCUUGCCCAGAAGAAGCAAAGCUGCAAUCAGGGUAAUCAAGAACCUAAGAAUAUGCAGGGAUUGUCAUAACUGGAUGAAGUUUGUUUCUCAGGUGGAGGGAAAAGAGAUUGUGAUAAGAGAUUCACGUCGGUUUCAUUUCUUCAAGGACGGUAAGUGCUCAUGUAGUGAUUAUUGGUAG